GGGGACAUUAGCUAACUGGAGUAGCUUUUUGGCGCCAGUAGUUCCGUAGUCGGCACGUCCAGAGGAGGCUGACCGCGUGGCGAAGAAGCAUUAGUAAAGCUGCACUAUUUUAUCAUUUUAAAGGGUGCGUAGGCUGAAUGACUCAUUUUAAUCCCCGCAUCUUGCAGCAUAUAGCUUGAAUCUAAUCGCGUGACCACAUUAUCUUAGUUUUAGAAGUUGGAAUAGGCAGCGCAGUUUUAACAAUGGAAACAAUGGGCAAAAAGCAGGCCAGCAAAGGGAAGAAGGAUGCACCAGAGGCACAAGCAGAACCAGAAGAAUUUGUUGUGGAAAAAGUCCUUGACCAACGUAUUGUCAAUGGGAAAGUGGAGUUCUUCUUGAAGUGGAAAGGAUUUACAGAGGCUGACAAUACGUGGGAGCCAGAGGAGAAUCUGGAUUGCCCAGAACUGAUUUCAGCAUUUUUGGAAGCGCAGAAGAAUGUCACGGAGAAACCAGCUUCUGUGAAAAGAAAGUCAUCAACAGAUGAGCCAGAGACGGAAGCAAAGAAGAAAGAUGCAAACGAGAAACCCCGAGGAUUUGCUAGGAACCUUGAACCAGAGAGGAUCAUUGGGGCAACAGACAGCAGCGGGGAGUUGAUGUUCUUGAUGAAAUGGAAAGACUCGGAUGAAGCAGAUUUGGUUCCUGCCCGUGAAGCCAACACGCGCUGUCCACAGGUGGUCAUUUCCUUCUAUGAGGAGAGACUGACGUGGCAUUCCUGUCCAGAAGAUGAGGCUCAGUAACGUUAACCUCUCAACCUGGCUGUCCUUUGCAUUAACUACUCCCAUUUUUCUUAGUACAGAAUUUUCUCCUCUGGCUUGCCUUUAAACUUUAGUGGUCUUAGUUGUUUUUCCAAGAAAUUCCAACGUUUGCAUUCUAAGACAGACUGGACGAGCAGCGUUGUAUAUUAUUAGUACAUUAGGUGACGUGACUGUUAUAGCGCAUGUUCUAAAACGUGAAUGCAAUCUGUCUUCCGUUUAUUGUUUUAAUGAGUUGUUACAGCAGGUAAGUGCUGACAUGAGUUACAACCACCACCUGCAUUUAUACCCAGUGUCUUUUUGUAAAAUGUGGAUAGCUAAUUAGACGUUUAGUUGCCCACAGCUGGGUUAUCAAUGUUAAAUUCAUGUAAAACUAUGAUUCUUUAGUGUUUUUUUUCCUCAUAAUAUGACUGUUGUCUGUAAUAUGGUAUUUGAAGUUAUAAUAAAGGUUUUAUGUGACCAAAAGACA